AUGAACUACGCAUUUUACUCAAAGUUUCUUCUAGAACAAACUACUGAUAUCGUGGAACUUCGUAAGCUGCGAGAUUCCAUUGGAGAGAUUUCUACCUCAACACCAAGUAGAUAUUACAAUGAACUCUUUAACGCAGCGGUGUCCGCAAUUCAAACUGUUGAGUCGAGUAAAAAGAAGUCAACUGCCUCAACUACAAUGGAGACAUCUAUCACUGAGACAGCGGAAAUCCCUGUGACCAUCCCAGAAAGUAGUGUUACUAACCAAAUAGAGACAGAGCCCGUUUCCGAGUACAGUGUUCCGAAUAAUAUCACAACUCCUUCCAGUAAAGAUCUGAAUAUGGAGAUAGACGAAGAGACACCAGCCUCUGAACCUGAGAUCCAAAAUAGAAACAACAAAGAACCACCAGCUAAAAAGAGAAAGAAGAAGAAAAAGUCUGCCGCAGCUACAGAAAAUGUUGACCCAUCCAUGACCCAGAAAAGCUGCACUCCUUCGGAAUCUCUUUUCAAUCCGGAGCCCACACCUAUUACUGCAUCAGAACCUACGGAGGAGACUACCAACAAAGCCACAGAGCCUUCCACUUCAGUAGAAAAAGCUCAGUCAGUAAAGAAUGCUAAAGUCCUCAUCCGUGGCCUUCCUGAUGAUUUUAGUACAGAUGAAAUAUCCCUUGAAUUAGGGAAGCGGAUCAUUGAAAUCCUGAAAAUAGUUCAGUUUAAGAAGAAAGUGGGUGGAGCCUUUAGGCCCCUCCCCCUGAACCUCAUCGUUAUGCCAAUGCUAGCCAAUCACGAGAUGAUCUACCAUAUUGAGAGCAUCAAGCAGAUCCCGAUCAGCAUAGAGAAAUACCACGGCGGCAGCUGGCCACUGCAGUGUUUUCGAUGUCAGAGUUUCGGUCACACCCAACGCUCCUGCACCUCCAGCCUAAGAUGCAUGAAAUGUGCCGAAGGGCACUAUUCAUUCCAGUGCAGAAAGAGCCGAGACUCCCUAGCUAAAUGUUGCAAUUGCAUGCAAAACCACACCUCAAAUUUCACUGGGUGCGACGCCCGCCCCAGUCGAACGAGGAAAACGACCAAGGACAAGCCUACUUCUACAGCCCACAGACUUAUUAGUCUCAUCAGUGAACUUAAUGACUUGCUGAAGGACCAAGACGUGCUGCAUCUUCUCACAACUUUAAUCCAGGGGAAUUCCCCAUCCAACUGA